AUAAGAAAGUGUGACCUCGAAUAUUUUCAGUCAACAAAAUGUUCAUCAUUCGAAUGUUAUCCUUCAUAAUUCUGACUUUCUCAUUUCUAAUGACACAUUGUGCUCACAACAUUACAACAGGAUGUAGGCCGUUGGAUGUUGUUUUCCUGAUCGACAGCAGCGGAAGUGAAAACAACGCCUCGUUCAAUGCUCAACUUGAAUUCAUGAAGGAACUGGUUCAAAGUUCAGCGUCGUACAAUAAUGACACAAAAUUCGGUGCAGUGAGUUUCUCCAACGAAGCCAAGCUCGAAUUUAACUUGAAUCAAUAUACCUCAACAGCUGAUAUAAGUAAAGCCAUUGAAAACAUUAGUCACAUUGGGAAAUUUACUCACAUUGAAGAGGGAUUCAAAUUUGUAACCAACGUAAGUUUCACUAACACAAGUGGCGAUCGACCGGAUGUGGAAAAUGUCCUUCUGGUAUUAACAGACGGAAUUUUUCACCCAGAAAAUGCCUCGGAACCGGCUGAGAUAUUGCUCGGAGAUGGUGUAAAGAUCAAUCUUGUGAUUUUUACCGACAGAAUGACAGAUAAAUUGAACAACAAUGCCCAAAGCGUCACAGACCUAAACAAUACGUUUACAAAAGAUACAUUUGAACCCAUGAAAUUCUUUUGCUCAGAAACGUCAUCAAGUAUCCCAAUAUCAACGUCAUUUGCAUCUACAGCCUCAUCACAGACAACGCCCCAUACAUCCAAUCUCGGUUGCCGUGAUAAAGUUGCAAGAUGUGCGAGCUACGGGGCAGAAAUUUGUUCUCAAUUUAGGCCCUGGGCGGAGAUUCAGUGUCGAUGUUUCUGUAAAUUCGAUGAAGGUAAACCCAACUGUAUAUAA